AUGGCAAUUUGGAAUUCGUCCAAGUUUGCAGCCGGUUCGGAGCAGGUUUACGUCUUUGUUCUUUUGGUUGUCAUGGCGUCAUUCGAUGAUGAGGAACGUCGAGCAAAAUAUGCAGUGGUUCCGAAAUCGGUGAACCAAGGGAAGGUAGUUAAACUGUCACCGAAACGACUUCGGACAAGCCGGGAAGUGCGCACCGUGCUCCCUGAGAGUCAGUAUUUGGAGAAGUUAGAGAAGAUAAUUGUCAGAGAUUAUUUUCCUGAUCUUCCCAAGCUUAAGGCCCAAACCGAAUACAUGGACGCUAUGAAGCACAACGACAUCGCAAAAAUGCGCGAAUUGCAAUUACGUUACCAUACUAGUCGCCGAACAGAUCGAAGGACGAGCCCUGCCGCAUGUGCCACCACUUCACCGAGGCAUCAUGCCCCAACCUCGCCGGUGAAUUUCGAUCCUGACACUCCUGGACCCAGCAGACCACCCCAGUCUCUGCAAGCAACGCCGUUGCUUUAUGCAAAUCGCGAGGGCGAUAACGAAGCCGUAAAAGAUGUUGCGAAAAAAACUAAAUCUUGCUUGGAAGUGAUUUCGGUGGAUGCGUAUCUGGACAAGUUCACUUCGGAAGAUAAUGCCUCUUUCGAAGAGCUGACAGCAGUGGAACUGAAAAGACAGUAUGCAAAAAAAGGGUGGAUAGAAGAAGCAGAAACGAAGCAUAAUGCAGAAAAGGUGAACUAUGGGUCGUUGCCAGCAGCAGCUGAUCUCCAGCUUGCUUUGAAAUAUUGCCCGGAAGUUGACAAAGACAAGCCUAAAGAAAUCGAUAAUUGGACGUACACUGCGCGAAACUCAGUGUUGUUUCACUUGGAAGGUGCACCUCUCACUGCCGCGGAAAGUGUCGAACAAGCACGUAAGAACCAGAGGAUUAUAAACAAGGCAGGGACCCGCUUUUCUGAAGAUAUGAAGGUUAAACCUUCUGAGGCGUCUAUGGCUCGUGCUAGCAUGAUGCAGUUGGCAAACAAUGCAGGAAAAGUAGACGUGCAAGGACAUGAAGUCGGCCUUAAUACCAAGACUUUGGGACUUGUAGCCACUCCAAGCCCUGCUCCUGGUAUUGACGACUCACCACUGAUGACAUGGGGAGAAAUCGAUGGGACACCUUUUCGUCUAGAUGCUGCCGAUGUUCAGGUUCCUGUUGGAAAUGCCCCUACCUUCAAGAUGCCCGAAAUUCCGUUUCGAGAGCAGAUUGCGCAAGGAAUUAGUGACACUAUCGCCAGGCGGUACCGCGAUAAAAGACGCGCUGCAAUGCAAGCUGCAGAGAAGGCACAUAGAACUCCUCGAUUUGGUUCGGCCCGUUCCUCGGCGCUAUCCAUGACGACGCUAUCACCAGCCGCCCGUCGUCUUGCUUCGAACAAACUCGGGAUUCGCUUUCCGUCAUCAACGCAACACUCGCGUUUUGUGACUCCUCUGAGACCAAGCAGUUCUCGACUAACUCCCAAUGUACUGUCUUCGUCAGAGAUUUCUUCCAGUCGAUCAUUGUCAGUGACUUCGAAUGCAACCAAUCAAACUUCGUCUAUUACUGAUAAUCUCAUGCCCAUCUCCGCUGAUGAAACUGGAACCUCGUUGGAGGGACGUUGUCGCGCUGGUGAUUUCUUCUAA